AUUUCUUUACAUACAUAUGCAUAGCUUGCAAGUCUUAUGCAACCAGCGAUUAGUAAUGCAUGUCGACGACAAAAACCCGAAAACCGAAUUCCCGUGUGAGCUUCCGAGUAUUGCCAUACCGCAGCAUCCAAAGAUUUAAAAUUUUCUCCAUUGCUUCCAUUUUCUGCUGCUUAAAACGAUAUGGACGACAAUUCGGAAACCUGUAAACUCUCGGAUAGAGAAAAAUCAUUGUUGGAUGAUAACAUCAGUCUAAAAGCUCAACUCAAAGAGCUCGAGACCACGUUUAAUAAAAUGCAAGCUGAUUUUACGCGUUCUAUCAAAUUGAGAGAGAGGUUAGACUCCUUGUGCAAAGUUCUCCAAAAGCAGACGCAGGAUAUCAAGGACGAAAGUGCAGCUCAAAUUGGAAAAGCUGAAGGACAAGGCAACAAAUUGGCACGCGAAGUUUCGGAUAACAUGGAAAUGAUGGAAAACGUCAACAAGCAACUUAGUGACAUUAUGAACUCAAGCUUGAAGGCAAAGCAGCAAAAUUUGGAUUUGACUGGUCAAGUAGCAGAGCUCAAAAAGGAAUAUGACGACCGGCACGAGACCAUGACAAAUGAAUUGCAAGCAGCAAGCGAUGCUCUGGUUAAAACUAAAAUGGAAGUUGCUCAGUUGCGCUUAAAAAAUGCACAAGACCGUGAAACGGCAUACGCCGAAAUGCACAAGUUGGCGAAUACGAUGGUCGACAACAAACAACAAAUGAAAAAUGCAAAAGAUUUGGAAUUGGAAUUGAGACAAAGGCUUACGAGCUACGAUGAAAAAUUCACGGCUUUACAAGCUUCGCUUGAACAAACAAAUGUGGGAUAUACUGCAUUCACUGGCGAAAUGGAGAAGGUGUCAAAAAGGACGAAAGAUCUUGAUAAGGAAACACAGGACUGGCAAACAAAAUGGGAAAUUAACAAUGCUGAACUAAUGGGGAUUACAAAGAAUCAUGAGGAAUUACAAACCGAAGUUGGUAAAGUUCACGAAAAUUUGAUAAAAAUGACGAAUCUUUACGCCCAGUUGGAAAAGGAACGAAGUCAAUUGAUGACUAAAUUGGGAAAGGAGCCACCUCCGUCGCACCCACUUCCACCACUGGAACCUCCUGCAAAUCCUCGCCCCGCGCAUUCAGAUAAUCCUCUGAAUAAUACUCCUUCUGUUUAACACUAACGUUUAUGGCCAACUAAUUAACAAUAUUAACAAUAAUGCUCAUACUAAUUUAUUAGAAAUUUUCAUGAGAAAACGAAUUAUACCCGUAACCCUUUCAGAAACCAGAGGUAUAGAAGUAAACAACAAAUCGUGCCUAUCCAUUGGAACAAUAAUUUUAUAACAAGAAUUUAUCAAUGACUAUCUUAGGUUAUAACACUAAUUGUUGAAAUAUUAAUAAAGCUGUCAUUUUGAA